UCAGGCAGUUGGAAUUAAAACACACACUAAAACGUACACGUAGUCAAUAAACAAAAUGGAACACAGAGUUGAAUUGUUAAUGGAACCAAUAGCGGAUAGCAAGUUGAUGUGCAGAUCGGACCACAAAACGGACCGAAAAGUGGAGAUUGAGGAGCCCCAUCUGACGCAACAGCUUGGGAAGCACUACGAAACGGAGGCCGAAGUUUUGGGGUUGCUUCUGGACCUGGAAUCCCGAUAUCGCCAGUACUACGAUCUGUACCAGUGUGAAAUGCUGGCCCAGAAGACACUAAUCGAACGUAUAUGGCUGUUGACACAACGCUACCUAAUCCUGAUCAGUUCGGAGCAGAGCUGUCGAUAUCCCGAGGUCUACACCCUGUCGACCGAAGAGGCGAUUGUCAAUGAGUACGAGGAGAAAUUGGAAGUACUGCGAGCCUCCAACAAUACCAUGAAAAACUCGCUGUUGAAAAUAAAUCAGCACUGCAAGAAGUUUUAUGCCGCCUACGAGCGACUCGAUAAGACCCUGGAAACCCCGAUGAUCAUGGGCGAUUGCCAUCAUAGGAGCAUCAAGUACCACAAGAUGAUGGCCGUCGAUAUAUUCAACUAUUUGUACGCAGUGGUCCUGAAACUCAAGUGCUACAUGCAUCAGCUGGAUCCCGUGAAUUUGGAGAGUGUCGAGGACUAUCGCGAUUUGCUGCAAAACGAAUCACUGAUGGACGAGUUCGACGAGUACCUCAAGGGGAACUUCGUGUACUGCAAGUGCCUGCUGCCGACUCAAACCUGCCCAAUACUGAAGCUAAAGUGUUCCCACCAAAACCUAGUAAAUUUGAAGUAUGUCAGUCGUAUCUAAUCAAGGCACAAUAAAUGGAAGCCCUCUAAUAUUAAAUAGGAUUCC